AUGGGUCGCGAACUCCAGAAGAAAAAGAACAAGUCGUCGCUCCCCAAGAAGCGUCAGAAUGGCCCCUCCAAGAAGAAGGUUCUGAGUAACCCCAUUAUCGCAAAGCACUGGAACCAGAAGGAGACACUUUCACAAAAUUACCGCCGUCUCGGCCUCACAUCGCGCCUCAACCACGCAACAGGUGGCACAGAAAAGACAAUCGCGCUCCUCGGCCUCAACGACCCCAAAUCCUCGCGCGCCGACACAGCCGCCGACAGCACAGCGAACCGUCUAAACAUCGUCUCGAAGCAGCCCAUCCAAGCGACCGAGAUCGAAGAAAUCGAAGUCGAGCGCGACCCAGAGACCGGCGCCAUCCUGCGCAUAACAGGGCAGAAGGAAGAGAAGUUCAACCCGCUCAAUGACCCAUUGAACGAGCUCGAGGACAGCGACGGCGAGGCAGAGGAGUGGAAUGGGUUUGCGAUGGUGCCUGAGCGCAGGGAGAAUGAACAGCAGAACCCGGUGAUUAGUGAGCUGGAGGAGGCGGCGAGGAACGGAGUGAGGAAGGCGCCAAGGAAACAGAGUGAACGGGAGGGAGAGUGGUUAGAGAGGCUGGUGAAUAAGUAUGGCGAGGAUUAUGGGAGGAUGAGCAGGGAUAGGAAACUCAAUCCUAUGCAGCAGACGGAGGCCGAUAUCAAGAAGAGGGUAAAGAAGUGGAAG